AUGGUGUUGAUCAACGGCGUCAAAUACGCCUGUGAGCGGUGUAUUAGGGGCCACAGAGUCACUACGUGCACCCACGUCGACCAGCCAAUGAUGAUGAUCAAACCCAAGGGCCGGCCCUCCACGCAGUGUGCGCACUGCCGACAACAACGCAAGCUGAAGAACGCACACAUAGCGUGCACUUGCAACUCGAAGACCAAAGACCACGACGUGGGCUGUGCGUGCCACGUCGACGGCGAGUGCACAUGUUCGAAGCAGAAAAAAUCUAGCUCGAAGAAGAAGGACGAAGACGCGAAAGAUCAAAAAUCGAAAAUCAUGCCUCCCGAGUCACUGUCGCUUAAUGUCGACAAGGAUAACGUCAACAGUAUCAUUCAAUCGUGGGAUAUGGCGUCGCCGCCUCUGGGCUCUGAGCCCCACCAGAACGACAGCUUGGUGUCACUGAACUCUGCAACCUCGGACAAACCGUCGCAGGGAUUCCAGUACCAGCAUUUUACGAAACGACAGGUUGGAAUGGACCCGCUCCAGAAUUUCCGGUCGUCGACGCCGCAAGGCCAGCAAAAGAAGGCCGGGGAGAUCCAUGUUCCAGUGGACGAGUACGUUGCGCCGCUGAACACGAUGAACAGCAACUUCUCUACUCUCAUGAGCAGUAUUUCUGCCUCAGAGCCGGUCGUGCCUCCAGCCACUGCGAACGGACGGUCCAAGUCGAACUCUAUGACCAGCGAACCGUUCCAGGGCAUCAACACGUCCGGGUCUGGUCUCUUGGACAGUUUCGACGACAACAACUCGUCCAAAAUGUACCACAACCGCAACAGAAACGUUUCGAGCGGCUCGGUAAUUUCGAGUCCACGAGAGUCGAUCAACCCUGACUCGUUGUUCCCGCUCUUUCCCCUGAUCGGCCCGUCGCAGUCGCACUCGUCGCACUCGUCACUUCCCUCCACGCCGUCCCACCAGAGUUUAAACGAUCUGAUUUCAGCGCAGCCCGCGGGACAGAAACUGUCGCAUACCAACCUGACCUCCCAUAAUAGCAAAAACCACCAUAAUUACCCGCAAAUGCUCAAGAAAAACCUCACAGGCUCGUCUACCCACUCCAGCGGAUCGCUGAGCCACUCGCACCACCAUGGAGUCCACGGCCACUCUCACCAGUCGCACUAUUCGCCGUAUCCUCAGCACAUGAUGGGCCAGCAGCCUCGCAGAUCCAACUCGUUUUUGUCCGUUUCGUCGUCCAACACGGUGAACUCGUCGCUGGGGUCGCCGAGCUCGAUUUUGACUAACGAAAGACCGCCAUUGGUGAGCGCCAACUCCACUGACUCGCUGAACGGGUUCCAGCUGACGAACGCGAAAACAAACACCACGCUGAUGGACGAUCUGUACCAGACUAGAACCUACACGGAAUCCGGAAUGAAGCCAUUCUCCAUAGUCCCGGAGGAGGAAGAUUCUGGCUCGACGCCUGCGUCAGAUGUGUCGCAGCUGCGCACCGUUCAGCACAAGGUUAAUCCGGCUUUCGACCCAAGCGCGAUAGGCACGAUUCCGCUGACCACCUCCUCUGCCCUGCCGAACGCCACGGACCAACGAACAGAGGCCACCGCUGCUCAGACAGACUACUCGAGCUAUUUGGGCAACAUAGAUUAUCUUGACAGUCUGCUGGAGCAGUCCGCCGACCAAGCGGAUUUGUCCAGCUUCAUCGACCUCCAGGGCACCCAGACACAGGAGCAAGCCUAG